GACUCUCAAAUGACUGUAAUAAACUGCCUAUAUAAAGACAGUGACUGUCCGACUAAAAGCACCAGAAAACGACUGGACGACACAGACGAACAGCUGACACUCAACGCAGACUUUGCUUUCAAAAAGCUCAAGAAAAAAUGCCUGGGAAAAAAUGGAUUCUCCUUGUCGCCAGCUCAAAGGACUGGGAAGAUUAUCAACACCAGGCCAACGUGUGCUGUUUUUAUCAGAUCAUUAAGCAACAUGGAAUUCCUGAUGAGCAGAUUGUGGUGAUGAUGUAUGAUGACAUCGCUUACAAUUCUCAAAACCCAGAUAAUGGAGCCAUUGUCAGUGUAGUAGACAAGACAAACGUGUACUUAGGAGUUCCAAAGGACUACACUGGAAAGGACGUGACCCCAGAGAACUUCCUGGCCGCUCUUCAAGGGAAUGACCAUACAGGGAAAAAAGUCAUAAAAAGUGAAGAAAAUGACAACAUAUAUGUCUACAUGACCGGUGUGGGAAAUGAAGGCACAUUUGAAUUUCCUGAGAAGUCGCUUUAUCCAGCUGACAUCGUUGGAGCAAUCAAGGACAUGAGUGAAAAAAAGAAAUUCGGAAAGAUGGUGAUAUUCAUGACCAGCAGUUAUUCUGCAAAGAUGUUCGAAGGCCUUCCCAAUAAUAUAAAUGCUUAUGCAUUGACUGCAUGUGACAAAAAUAUCCAGUGCUCUCCCAGUGAUUAUGACAAACUCAGGAACAUCUACCUCUCUGAUAAAUUCUCAUCUACUUGGCUAAAAUUCCUGAGUACGGCUGACUUCAAUACAGAAACAUUCCAUAAGCUGAUAGAUCUUAAACAAGCGAAGUAUAUUCGAGAAUAUCCUGGUCCCUGCCCCUGCCAGUUUGGGGACACGAGCAUCGUCAAAUGUACCCUCAGUGAGUUUCUGCAAAACUGAACAAGCUGUUGGAACUUUGUUCAAGAAAACAUCCUUUAGAGCAGCACAUGAAAAUGAAAAGAGAAAUCUGAUGAAGUUUUGUACUAGUUUCUUGUUUCAGAAUUCUGGCUUUAUUAUUAUAAUUAAAUUGAUUGCACCAUAAUGCACUAUUGUCCAAAAGGCUGCAUUUGUUUGAUCAAAAAUAGAGCCUGAAGUGGUAAUAAUUAUGUGAAAUAUUGUGAAAAUAAUAAAACUGAGAAUAAUGAGGUUAAAAGUCCA